AUAAAGUUAUUUCAUGCACCAUAACAAAAUUGAUACAACGAAGAGAAACCACUCCAGUAUUUAUUAUUUAGGUUACACUGAAAUACACUCAACCCUUCUUUAUAUUCUUAUAUGAUCAUUUGUACUGUGCAAUGACAUAAUUGGGAAGUAACUGUAAUAAAUUGUGGUUGGUGAUGUCACUUUCACGUCAGUGUUGACGUUUUGUCUUUUCUAGUUUGCAUGAAAAUAAUGACAGGCAUCUAUUUUACACAGCCACCACAGGCAAACAGUUGACUCAUCCAACAAAGGCUUAUAAUAAGGACAUAAUCGUAAUAUGAUAAUAUGGUUCAGAUUCAUGGUUUGGGUUUGCAAUGCAGGUGAUUUUGAAUAAAGCCCUCUUUGGGUCAACAAGCCACAAUUGUGUGGUCUGUCAAGAUGGGGAGGAUGACUGUGCAUGUUGAGAUCAACAUUUAGAUCUGCAUUCUGAUUGGACUGUUACCAGUGGACAUGGAGGAAGGGGCUCUUUAUAAGAGUGAAACUAGAAACAACGUGUCAUCUUCAGAAGUGUCUUUGUGAGCUGAAAAACUUCCGUCCUUCACAGAGCAGAGCAACAUGUUUUGUAUGCUGUGGAUCGUCUUUCAGACAAUGUCUCUCCUGGUGGAAGCUGGAGGACAGUCUUCAGGUAGUGGUGAGGCUGGUGGUGGCAAUGGAGGAGUUGUGAAUGGAGGCAUGGUCGUUAACGCUGUUAAACCAGGGGUUAUGAAUGGGCUUGUCUUAAAUGGGCAACCCUUUCUGGCACAGGUGAUACCACUUGGUCAGGCUGCCAUGCCCCAGCUGGUCCCCAUUGGUGCACUUCAGCAAGGUGGGGCACUUCCUAUAGGACAGGCGGGAGCAGCCAAUGGAGUGCCACUACAACAAGGACAGCUUCCUCAACUAGCCAAUAGGGUUGUACCAUUAUUUGCAGUUCUGCCACAGGCAAAUGGCAUCGGAGGCCCCCAGGCCCCAAUGUUGAUGCAGAUUAUUCCUGUGGGUGGAGGAAACAACCUUCAGCAGCCAGCGGCUGGAGGGAAGGCAAGAAAAGCUAGAGUCAAGCAUUCAGUUCCUUUUCAUGGAAUGCCCACAUCAACAAGAACAGAUACUCCACUGGUAUAUUCUCAGUUCUUCCUCCUCUUCACUUCAUUUGUGACAGUGGGAUUGCCCUUAUCAUGUAUUUGAAAGAAUUGCCCUCAAAUACAGACCAAGGUGAUUGCUGGGGAGGUGGAAGAAUCCUCUGGCUCUGACACCAGUGAAUGCUGAAGUGAGGCUGAGCCUCUGAAACCUGGACAGCAUUCUAACUAGGGUUGCACAUUUCUAGUAACUGGGACUUCUGGAAAGUGUGAAAGUUACCAGAAUCUUGCAACCGAAAAUAAAGUAUUUAAAUACCAGAAUCUCAUCAAAUUGCCAAUUCCAGAUGACAAAUUACCUCUACUGGCAGGUUGUACAAUUCCCGGGUGCGCCACUACAACUUGUUGUGUUGCCCUCUUGUUUGUCUCCCCCUCUUCAAAAUCUAUCUCUGAAUAAACGUUAUGAAAGAAAAGUGGAAUUCCAGUCUCCUUUGAGCAAAACUAAAACUAGAUUAACAGGCUGGCUGCAAUCUCGACUGUGUGCCCAUUUUCCAUGUUUUGUAAUGGCGUUCCUGAUGUACUGGAAAUGUUGUUAUCACAGCUGAUGUCUUUGAAUAAAUUAUUAAACGGAUGGCAAGCUUU